UUAUGAAACUAUAUCUUAGUGGUUUAUGUAGUUUUUUGUCGUUAAUGAGUUUUUGUGAGAAAAUAAACGGUACAAAUCACCUAAAAAAAAGCUUAAUGACUUUAUUUCGAUGUAUCAUUAACACAGUGCGCCUAUACAACAGCGCCACCAGCAGCAACAGCAGCUAAUUCUCUUUGUUCUAGACGUAGGCUUUCUCUGCUAAUUCGUUACUAUUCAAAGACCGUCCCUAAUCGGCCCGACCGCGUACGGCCACUACACGCAGUGCCGACCUCGACGGAGAAAAGUUAAAAGUGGACGUUUGCUGGUUAAUAUGUGAGCGAGUGCGUGUGUGUGUUUCUUUGGUAUUGUGGACAAAGGAGUGCGUUGACAUUGAGACGCAAUCUUGUCCGGACUAUAAAUUAGACACUGUCAUAAUCGAAGACAUCAUUGCAUACGAACUCAGACCGUUGACCAGUCAAUAACGAACGUUCGUUUUGGGGAACCGCAUCGGGCCUUCAGUUUUCCUAGUGGUAAAAAUACAUCACUAAAAACAAAAAACAGAGUAGGAUGGCGGCCGGUCUAUUGCCGUUGCUGGCGAUGGCGGUGUUGGGUUUUGCGUCGUACGCGGAUUGCGCAAAAGUCGUUUGCUAUUUCAGCAACUGGGCCAUUUACCGACCCGGCAUCGGCAGGUACACCAUAGACGACAUACCCGUGAAGGACUGCACUCACGUCAUUUACGCGUUCGUCGGCUUGGACAACACCACUUGGGGAAUAAGCAUUAUCGAACCCAAGAUAGAUCUCGAUCAAAACGGUUUCAAAAACUUCACGGGUCUUAGGCAACAGUAUCCGGAGGUAAAGUUGAUGGUGGCUCUCGGCGGGUGGGCAGAGGGAGGCAAGAAAUAUUCCACUAUGGUGUCGUCACCCGACAAGAGGGCGACGUUCAUUAACAGCGCAACAGAAUUUCUCAAAGAGUUUGAUUUCGAUGGACUCGACCUAGACUGGGAAUAUCCGGGUGCGGCCGAUCGGGAUGGAUCCUAUUCGGACCGCAACAAUUUCUAUUAUUUCGUGCAAGAGCUGAAAGAAGAGUUCCAAAAACAAAACCGUACCUGGGAACUCACCAUGGCCGUACCGUUGGCCAAGUUUCGGCUAAUGGAAGGCUAUUACGUUCCGGGGCUUUGCAGUUUGGUCGACGCUAUACACGUAAUGGCUUACGAUUUACGAGGUAACUGGGCUGGGUUCGCCGACGUCCACAGUCCGUUGUACAAACGACCUACGGACCAAUAUGCAUAUGAGAAGCUUAACGUGGCCGACGGUAUGCAACUCUGGGUGGACCUGGGAUGCCCCCCGAAGAAACUGGUGAUGGGGGUACCGUUUUACGGUAGAUCGUUUACUCUGAGCGCCAGCAACAACGAUUACAAAAUCGGCACGUACAUCAACAAAGAAGCCGGAGGAGGCGAACCGGCCAACUACACGCAAGCGAUUGGAUUUUUGGCUUACUACGAACUUUGCGAAUACCUGGUGGGCGAAAACAACGGGUGGACCGAAAUGUGGGAUUCGGUGGGAAUGUGUCCUUACAUGUACAAAGGCACUCAAUGGAUAGGCUACGAUAACGUUAAGAGUUUAACGUUGAAAAUGGAACACAUCAAGAGCAAAGGUUAUGGCGGUGCGAUGACUUGGGCCGUUGACAUGGACGAUUUUCGUGGAAUUUGCGGACCUAAGAAUCCACUAAUAAGAGUGCUGAAAGACGCCAUGGAAACUUACACGACACCCGACUUAAAAUUCACUACUACGCCGACACCCGAUUGGCUUAUACCCCCCGAGAAAAGCACUUCAAAAAAGAAAUAUACGACUCCCCAAACAAUUAUUACCCCGUCGACGACCACGGUGAAAGAAUCAAAUGAAGUUGAAAUACAAAUACCGGUAGACGAGCAGCAAAUAUCGGGAUGUAGACAAGGCGAUUUUUUGCCACACAGCUAUUGUAAUAAGUACUCCAGGUGUAAUCAUGGAAAACUCACAACGUUCACCUGUCAACCUGGCACUGUAUGGAAUAAAAAACAAAUGGUUUGCGAUUGGCCCUACCGAACUGCUUUAUCAGACUGUAUUAACGUGUAAUUAUUAAUGCUUAAAAUUUUUAUAUUAUUUAAUAAUCCUUAUAGUUUUAAGUAACGCAUAAGAAAUAAUAUUAGGAUGUUUUGUAACAAUGAAUAUAUAAAUUAGAAAAAUUCAAAUUGAAGACAUAAAGUUUGAUUUUUAAAUACUAUUCCUAUACCAUAUGUUAUGUACUUCAAUAAUCGACUUCAAUUACAAUACAUAAAACACUAGUUUUAUCAUAAAACUAGUGCUGUACAAAACUUUUAUGUAUAAAAAAUGUAACAUGCUUAUGCAUUUUAUAAGGCAUUAAAAAUGUAUAAGUUAUUUAAAUACUAAGAUUUUAGCCUAAUAGAUUAAUUAGGUAAGGUUUUUACGACGCUUCUUACAAAAACUAGCACUUAGCGCAUUUCAGUUAGCUACAAAAAAGAAAAAAAAAUUGAAAUGAAUCUACGAAGUGUACCUAAUAUAUUGUAAUAACAAUAACAUAACAUUGAACUGAUUUUCGUGACAGUUCUAAAACGUUUUCUUUUAUAGAAAAGUCAACGCGUUGUUCUUCUUUAACUAAUAAUUAAUAAAGCAAU